UCUUAUCGUUCACGACAUGAAGAUCAUAAUUAGUAUUCUGCUGCUAGUCAUAGUGAAUUUAGUUAAUUCCGAAGAUGAAACAACAGCCCCGCCAGAAAUCUCUAAAGGAUUAUCUCGUGAAUCACUUAAUACUUACGGAGUUACUUACUUCAAGGAAAAAGAUGGUUCUUAUGCACGGCUAAAGGACCUACACUAUAUUGAUGUGGCACAAAAUAAAAAGUUUAUUAUUGGGAUAUAUGACUCGAAGGACAAUAUUCAUCCAAUAUAUGAUAAAGAUAAAACGCAGAUUUUACUGAGUAAACCAUUCUAUCAGCAUGUUCCAUUGACACCACUACACCAUAAAGUAUACGAUAGGUACUUUGUGAAGAUUCACUCGCGGUCGGAGACGCCUCCACCUGAGCGCUAUGUGUCACCCAUUUCAGGACCCGGUCUGAGACGCAGAUAUCAGAUAAAGAAUUUAGAAUUGCAUCACAAUAACCAUGCAGUGUCCAGUUUUUAAUACUUGGAUAUGGUUUCGAAUAAAUUUUCAAUUAUUUUUAAUUGAUAUACUUGUAUCCAGUAAAAUAAAUGUAUGGGUAUGAUGCAUCAAAAAGCUUCUUCACUAUCUUCCAAAAAUAACACCCCUCUCUAUAAAGUUUGGUUUUUUGAUUUUCAAUUGUUGCCUAACAGAUUGAGCACUACUUACUUUAGAACCCC